AUAAUGGAAGAUAAUAAUUUUUUAUCAAAAUUAUCACAAAAUUUACUUGAAAUUUUGGACGAUGAAGAAUAUUAUGAUAUUACAAUUGAAGUUGGUAAUGACCCUAACGUAAAAAUAUUUAGAGCUCAUAUGGUUAUUCUAAAUUAUCGUUCUCCUUAUUUGAGAAGAAUUUUAUCAACAAAUAAAAAGAAGAAUGAUGGAACUUUGGCCCAUAUUAAAUUACCAAAUAUUUCACCAGAAAUUUUUCAAACAAUCUUAAGAUAUAUUUAUGGAGGAAAUCUUAAUAUGAUACUUCUGAUAUUAUUAAAAUCUUGUUUGCUGCUAAUGAA